GGCCAGUCAUUUUCCGAGUACUAAAGAGAAGCCGAAACGCAUGGGAAGAAAACACCGGGCCAGCCAGUCCAGCCCCGGGAUGCAGCAGCAGCAGCAGCAUGGAUGGUGACGCCCCCCUCAAAUCUCUCUUUCUUCCUCUCUCCACAUACUUACAUCAACUUUAAAUCAUAUCUCAUACACCUUCCCUCCCUUCUUCCUCUAUUAAUUGACUUCUUUGCAUUCCCUUUUACCGUUCGGAUCUUCCUCGCCCUCUUUACGGUCUCUGCAUUUCUCUGCACUCUAUGGCUCAAGCUAGAGGGCGGCUUUAUGGCUUGCUCCUCCUCUGCUUUUCUUGCAAAUGGGUUUCCACGGCUCCAACAGAGCAUCUCAUUUCCUCUUUGCCCGGUCAACCUCAAGUGAGUUUCAGGCAAUAUUCAGGAUACAUAAACGUUGACGAAUCGGCAGGCACCAAUCUCUUCUAUUACUUUGUCGAAGCCCAAUCCAAUGCUUCUUCUCAGCCCCUCGCGCUCUGGCUAAAUGGAGGGCCCGGGUGUUCUUCCAUUGGAGGCGGCGCGUUCACUGAGCUCGGCCCAUUUUACCCAAACGGCAAAGGCGAUGGACUGAGGAUCAAUCCAUACUCUUGGAACAAAGUGGCGAAUGUAUUGUUCUUGGAGUCGCCGGCGGGCGUGGGGUGGUCCUACUCUAGGAUUCCGGCAGGGUACCGUUACAACGACGCAAGAGUAGCCAAUGAGAGCUUGGUGUUUCUACUGAGAUGGUUUCAGAGGUUUCCAGAGUACAGUGAGAGGCCGCUUUUUCUCACAGGGGAGAGUUACGCAGGGCAUUAUAUUCCACAGCUGGCGUUGCUCAUGGCUAGGCACAACGGUCGGAUGAGUCGUGGUGCGGCUGCUUUUGGAUUCAAUCUUCACGGUAUCCUGGUGGGGAACCCAUUGUUGAAUUAUGGGGUGGACACGAGCGCAACUUACUCAUUCCUUUGGUCGCACGGUCUGAUAUCGGACAAUACUUACAAGGGGGUGGCCUCUACCUGUGAUUUUAGGUAUGGGUACACGGGACAAAACCCAGAUGAUGCCUCAAAAUCCCAAGGAAAAAAGGCACAUGCGUGCCCUAAUUUCCUUGUCUCCGCACGUGCGGAAGUGGGGGCUUUCAUCAACAUGUACGACGUCACCUUGGACGUGUGUGCGCCUCCCAUCGUCCAUCAGGCCUUGCUCCUCCAUAAAUUGAUGGGUCACCUGGUUGAAACAAGUAAAGAAGGCUCAGAUGAAGUGGACGUGUGCAUCGACCACGAGCUCACGCGCUAUCUCAACCAUCCAACGGUUCAGCGAGCCCUUCAUGCCAAUCUCACCUCCCUUCCCUACGCCUGGGAAGCAUGCAGCGACAUCGUGGAUUACAAAUAUGAGGACCAGCUCGAAGACAUGUUACCUCUCUUGAAGGAUCUCGUUAAAAGCCGCGUUAGAAUCUGGAUUUUCAGCGGGGAUCAGGACUCAGUGGUUCCUCUAACUGGAACAAGGUCCCAGUUAACGACGCUAGCUCACCAUCUCAGAUUGAAAACCAUGAUCCCAUAUAGUGCAUGGUAUGCUAAUGGACAGGUCGGGGGUUGGGUUGAGGCCUAUGAGGAGAGUCUGGGGUUAGUGUAUGCGACAGUGAGAGGAGCUGCACACAUGGUUCCAUAUGCACAGCCCGAGAGAGCCCUCAUCCUCUUCUCUUCCUUUCUACAUGCCCAACCACUUCCAUCUCGCUCCUCCUAAAGAGACUCUCUCUCUCUCUUACUUAGCAAGAAAACACACAAGCUCUCUCUCUGGUACUGGUUUUGUCUACUUCACCCAGUCGAAGACAAGCUUUGCACUCUUCAAUAUUUCCUUUAUUCGUAAGACAUGUCAAAAAUCAAAAUCGGGAUUGUUUUCUGAGAUGAUUGCCGUUCGGUUUA